AUGACGCAGCGAAUCGCUUUUAUAUUUUCAAGUUUUGCUCUAAUAUUAUUGGGCUUGCGUAAUGUCCAAGCGGUGAUAGGCUUGAUGGAAGGCACAAAUACAAGAGAGCUCAUUGAGCAUGGUAUAAGGGAUAAUUUCCAUGAGAAAAUCCCGGAAUCUUUUGAAAAGGUCGGCGAGAAAUACUAUUAUUUCGAAAAUCGGGAGACUCAAAAUUGGUUUGGAGCUGCAGAAAAGUGUCGUCAGAUCGAUGGACAUCUAAUCAAUCUACAAAACAAAGGCGAACUGCUCAAUGUGGCCCCGAAGCUAAGUAGCUCCCAGGAGUACUGGACGGAUAUAAAUAAUCUCUUUAAAAGGAAUAUCUUCUUCUCGCUAACUACAGGCAGAGUGGCAAAUAUGCUCAACGAUCGUUCGGAUCACAAAGAAAAUAUGUGCGGUCUUAUUCAAUAUGAUCCAUCCAACUCCAAUUUUAAUUUAACCAAACACAAUUGCUUUAAAAAAAAGAACUUUAUUUGCGAGACAACACAACCGACCACAAUAUCCAUUUUAUUAUGGUGAUAUACCUUAUGAAGAAUGUAUACUUAAUCUAGAUCGUAUAUACUAAAUGGAGCACAAAGUAUAUGUGGCUAAAUAUAUGCAUGCCUAUGUGUUGGAAAUGCACUUAGCAAUAAUUAUAUUCCACUUAUGUGUUGGAUAUAUUUAAUAUAUAUGGACAUGAAUCAGGCUGUGUUUGAGUAACAAUAAAGAACCGCAGAGUUUUAAUUUAACAUUGUGGUAUGUGAGGCUUCAGAAGCGACUAAUGCUAGGCGGCUUAUAAAAUUAUUAUAGAGGAAUGUGUG